GCAGCAGUGAGUAAACUGUGCAACAUGGUAUCUGUGCCUCCUUCCCCCUCGCCAGAAAAUACUCCGGGAUUUGUGUGGAGGGCACAGAGGGGCAGGAAGGUGCAAUAGGUGCAGCUGUGCUGGGACGCACCGUGUGCAUCAGCUCACAUUGCGUGGUGUAUUUUCUGGGCACAUCAGGAUCACUUGGGGAUAAAGGACAGGCUGCUGGGCUUGUGUUGUUUUCCCUGGCCAGGCUGUAGGUGGAGGUGGCCUGUGCAGAGGCUGGUGGUCAUCAUGGGGAAUGCAGGCAGCAUGGAUUCCAACCACACUGAUUUCAGGGCUCACAAUAUGCCCCUCAAGCUGCCCAUGCCAGAGGCAGGUGAGCUGGAGGAGAGGUUUGCAGUCGUGCUGAAUGCAAUGAACCUGCCACCUGACAAAGCCAGAUUAUUGCGUCAGUACGACAAUGAGAAAAAAUGGGAACUCAUCUGUGAUCAGGAAAGAUUUCAAGUAAAGAACCCUCCACAUACAUAUAUUCAGAAAUUAAAGGGUUAUCUUGAUCCAGCUGUAACAAGAAAGAAAUUUAGAAGACGGGUGCAAGAAUCCACACAAGUUUUACGAGAACUGGAAAUUUCAUUAAGGACCAAUCACAUAGGAUGGGUGAGGGAAUUCUUGAAUGAAGAAAAUAAAGGCUUGGAUAUUUUAGUAGAAUAUCUUUCAUUUGCCCAAUAUGCUGUCACAUUUGACUUUGAGAGCCUGGAAAAUAAUGUAGAAAAUAAUAUGGAUAAGACUAAACCUUGGAGUCGGUCCAUUGAAGACUUGCAUAGAGGAAGCAACUUACCGUCCCCUGUUGGCAAUAGCAUCACUCGCUCUGGCAGACAUUCCACAUUACGGUGCAAUACGCUUCCAAGCAGGCGGACACUGAAAAAUUCCAGAUUAGUGUGUAAGAAAGACGACGUCCAUGUUUGCAUCAUGUGUUUACGGGCUAUAAUGAAUUAUCAGUAUGGAUUUAAUAUGGUCAUGUCCCACCUGCAUGCUGUCAAUGAGAUUGCACUGAGUUUAAACAAUAGGAAUCCCAGAACAAAAGCACUUGUUUUAGAACUGCUAGCAGCUGUUUGUCUCGUCCGUGGAGGACAUGAGAUAAUUUUAUCAGCAUUUGAUAACUUCAAGGAGGUUUGCGGUGAAAAGCAGAGAUUUGAAAAACUAAUGGAACAUUUUAGAAAUGAAGACAAUAAUAUAGAUUUUAUGGUUGCAUGUAUGCAGUUCAUUAAUAUUGUAGUUCAUUCUGUUGAAGACAUGAAUUUUAGAGUGCACCUUCAAUUUGAAUUUACCAAAUUAGGACUGGACGAAUAUUUGGAUAAACUGAAACACACGGAAAGUGACAAGCUUCAGGUACAGAUUCAGGCUUAUCUUGACAACGUUUUUGAUGUGGGUGCUCUUCUCGAAGAUGCUGAGACCAAAAAUGCAGCCUUGGAAAGAGUGGAAGAACUGGAAGAAAACAUUUCUCAUAUGUCAGAAAAACUUCAAGACACAGAAAAUGAAGCUAUGGCAAAAAUUGUGGAACUGGAAAAACAGCUCAUGCAAAGACAUAAAGAACUGGAAGUCGCACGGGACAUUUGUAAAGAUGCAAAUUUACAAGUAAACACAUUAAGAAAAAUGGUCAAGGAGAAAGAAGAAGCUAUUCAAAGACAGUCUACUUUGGAAAGAAAGAUUCAUGAGUUGGAAAAACAAGGGACUAUUAAGAUCCAUAAGAAAGUGGAUGGGGACAUAUCUAUCACAUCAUUGGUGACCUCUGGAGCUUUGCCAGUGGGUACAGAGACAAUUGUUGGAGCUUCAUCUGGGACUGGUAUGGCAGCUUCUGGACUUCCUGUAUCUGGUGGACCUUCCAAUGUAGCAGAAGUUGGAGUUUUAUCUACAGGAACAUUACCUCCACCUCCUCCACCCUUGCCAUCUGAACAAGUGCAAAAUGGUCCAAUGUCAACACCAAUGGCACCGCCACCACCCCCACCACCUCCUCCACCACCACCACCCCCUCCUCCUCCACCACCCCCACCUCCCCUUCCAGGUCCUACAGCAGAACCACCUGUUCCUCCACCUCCACCAGGGGCUCCUCCUCUGCCAGGAGCAUCAUCACCCACAGUCAUAUUUAACUCAGGACUAGCAGCUGUGAAAAUUAAGAAGCCCAUAAAGACGAAAUUCCGAUUGCCAGUGUUCAACUGGGUAGCUCUGAAACCUAACCAGAUCAAUGGCACUGUGUUCAAUGAAAUAGACGAUGAAAGAAUACUGGAGGAUAUAAAUGUGGAUGAAUUUGAAGAAAUAUUUAAGACGAAAGCCCAAGGACCAGCUAUUGAUGUUACGUCCACCAAGCAAAAAAUAGCACCUAAAGGGUCUAAUAAAAUUACAUUACUGGAAGCAAACAGAGCGAAGAAUCUCGCCAUCACCUUAAGAAAAGCAGGCAAGACGGCUGAGGAAAUAUGCAAAGCUAUUCAACUAUUUGACCUUAAAACAUUGCCUGUGGAUUUCGUUGAAUGUUUGAUGAGGUUCAUGCCCACAGAGAGUGAAGUAAAAGUCUUCAGACAAUAUGAGCGAGAGAAGAAACCUCUUGAGAACUUGUCAGAUGAGGAUCGAUUCAUGAUGCAAUUCAGUAAAAUUGAAAGGCUGAUGCAGAAGAUGACUAUUAUGGCAUUUAUUGGCAACUUCUCAGAGAGCAUUCAGAUGUUGACGCCACAACUUCAUGCAAUAAUUGCUGCCUCAGUUUCAAUCAAGUCAUCACAAAAGCUUAAGAAAAUACUUGAGAUCAUUCUGGCCCUUGGGAACUAUAUGAAUAGCAGUAAAAGAGGUGCAGUUUAUGGUUUUAAAUUACAGAGUUUAGAUCUGCUUUUAGAUACCAAGUCAACUGAUAGAAAACAAACGCUGUUGCACUAUAUUUCCAAUGUAGUAAGAGAAAAAUAUGUUCAAGUCGUCCUGUUCUACAAUGAACUUCAUUAUGUGAGAAAGCUGCAGCAGUUUCUCUUGAAAAUGUGCUUUUGGAUGUAAAAGAACUUCAAAGAGGAAUGGACCUUACAAAGCGAGAGUACACCAUGCAUGACCAUAAUGUUAUGCUAAAAGAAUUCAUACAAAAUAAUGAGGGGAGGCUCAAAAAAUUACAGGAUGAUGCAAAAAUU